AUGCGACAGCAACAAGCCUCCGAGCCAUCUACAAUCCAAGCGCCCACCCCCUACACCGGCCGCACUGCCGUCUGCCUCACUGGUUCGGCGCGCGACUUCGAGCUCACCGGACCUAGCAUCGUGGCUCGGCUGCUGCCGAGCCUGCGUCCGUACCGGCCGGUCCUGUUCGUCGUAGCUCCCCUGGACGAGCUCAGCCACAAGCUGUGGGCUCUGCAAUGGGGGCUGGGGAAGGGGAGAGAUGGGGGGUCUGGGGGAUUUGGGGGACAGGGCGGAUCAGGAGAACAGGGAGAUGGACUAGCGGGAGGGUUAGGGCGGAACCUAAAAGAGGGGGUCGAUGCGGAGAGUGCGUGGGAAGGGGAGGUGGAGUUGGGUGCGGUGGUGAUGGGUGGGAGCGUGUGGGUGGACGGUGAUGAGGUGGUGGGAGACAGCAAGCUCUACAACAACGCAACAGCUCGGAGCAUGCAGCGCCACCAUCCCUCCUCUCCGCCCUUCCACCGCCUCAUCCACUCCCGCCCUCCCUUCUUUCCCCCCGUUCCCCACUCCCCUUGUGCAGCCUCAGCUGCACUACCUACAGCUUCUCUCAUCCUGCCUCUCCCUUAUCGACAACUACCAGUGCCACCGCCCCUCCUCGCCACCCUUCCACCGUCUCAUCCACUCCCGCCUCGACUCCUGCUGCCACAGCUACAGUACUUGCGUCUCCUCGCUUUGUGUCUCUCCCUGAUCGACAACUAUCAGCACCACCACCCCUCCUCACCUCCUUUCCACCGUCUCAUCCACUCCCGCCUCGACUCCUACUGGUCCGCCUCUCCUUCCCUCUCCUCCGCCUUCCCCCCUUCGCUUCCUAACACCACCGCAAACUCUCUACCUGCUGGUGCUGCUGGUGCUGGUGCUGGUGAUGCCACUGCCGCAAGCGAGGGGGCAGCGGAGCGAGGGGAGUCUGCAGCAGUGGUAGCAAAGGGAGCGAAAGAGGAAACAAUCUCAACAAAAAAUACAAGUGUAGAUGCAGAGAGUCAGCAGCAGGAGCAGGAGAAGGAGAAGGAGGAGGAGUGGGUGGUGCCGUUUGGGUCGGACUACAGGGGAUUCAACGAUGCCUUUGGAGUGGGAUCUCUGGAAGCUGCCCGAAAGGUUCUCUCGCGGCUCUCCUCCAUUCAAGAACUCGUGAAAGCAGGCCUCAGGCCCAUACGGAAUCCACAGUUUUCCCUCUUCCCAUCUCCUCUUCCCCCUUCUCACACUUUCUCCCCCAUAUCCCCCUUUCCUCCCCAUUCUCAAACUCCCUCUUCUCACCACCCCCACAGCAACCUCUCCCCAGCGGCAACCCUCAAGGCGCAUACAGAAUCCACAGGCGUCCACGUGGCACGAGCUGAUUGGCCGCUGUGCACCGUGAGCCACCAGACCAACCUCUCCCCAGAGGCAACCCUUAAGGCCCAUGCGGAAUCCACUGGCGUCCACGUGGCGCGAGCUGAUUGGCCGCUGUGCACCGUGAGCCACCAGACGUUCAAGCACGGGCGGCAGGGGGAGGUGCUGGUGGCCUCGUUACAGUCACGCGCGAACCUGAACGGGGCGAAAUGCUGGCCAUGCACGCCUAAAUACACCGGCCUAGAGGCCCUCUCCCACAUGGCCUUCGUGCCGGUCUCCAACCAGAUCCGCUCCCCCUCAGCUGAUCCUGUCAACGCUGGCAGCAACAGCAUACAGCUCUGCGACACCUCCCACCCGUGGGAGCUUGCCUGGACCGAUAACUACGAUGCUGCUGCUGGCUCGCGAUUGGCCGGGAUGAGAAGGGCUAUCUCCCAACUGGAGCGCCCCUCCCCUGCUGCUAUCUGUGUGCGAUCGCUCCUCGGCAAGAUAUCCAUUCUCCAGCACCAGACACUCAACUGGAGCGCCCCUCCCCCUUCCGCCAUCUGUCUCCAGCACCAGACACUCAACUGGAGCGCCCCUCCCCCUUUCGCCAUCUGUCUUCAGCACCAGACACCCAAUUGGAGCGCCCCUCCCCCUUCCGCCAUCUCUCUUCAGCAGCAAACUAGCAACUGGAGCGCCCCUCCUUCUGCGGCCAUCUGUCGUGACCUUUCCACGUCCCCCAUGACCCAACCCCCCUUCGUGCGGGGUGGUGGUGGGAGUCGACUCAAAAGACGCCCCUCCCCUGGACUGCGGGGUGGUGGGAGUCACACCUCCCCUCGCUCCUGCCAGGCCUCUCGGUGCAUGCGCUGCCGUCAACCCCCUUCGACUCCACCACUGCCACUCCUGCUCACGUCAUCAAGGUGA